AAGUGUAUAGGCACCCAGGCAGGAUUCUCUUGGCUUGGACUCAGCGCUCAUGACAGGAUUAGGACCCUGGGACGUGGGACCAACCGGAGAUCUGCAGGUCCGAGUUGAUGAGCCCAAGCCGGAUUCUCUCCCUGCACAGCUGUGACCCGCCUCCCGUAUCCCAUCACACCAAUCACCCGACGACAAUUUUCCAAGGUUGACCUGAUUACCAAGAGGCCUCCCUUCCUGUUCACUUGUCUCCCAUCAUGCGUCUCCUCGCCACUCUCCUCCUCUUGCUGCUCCUUCGGUCAGCUGAGCCCCAGAGAGGCCCUCGGUCAGGGGUCAGGGAGAGGGGCGCCAGGGGCCGUGUACGAGGCAGAAGCAGGGCAGGGGUCAUGAGGCGUCAAGCCCAGGAGUGUAAGGAAUACAUGGAGGCAGGAGAGAAGUACCUGGACUGUCAGGAAAGGCAGCUGACCACUGUGAUGCAGGACUGGCCCAAAGAUAUUCACCACCUGCUGCUGGCAAGAAAUAAGAUUCAGGUUUUGAGGGACAACAUGUUCUCCCACUUCACCCAGCUAAAGAGCCUGGACCUCCAGCAGAACGACAUAUCCAUGGUGGAGGAUGGAGCGUUCAGUGGCCUCUCCCAGCUCACCACCCUGCUCCUCCAGCACAACCGACUGAAAACAGCCUCGGAGGAGGUCCUGCUUCCUCUGCGCCGCCUUACCUACCUCCGUCUCUAUGACAACCCCUGGAGCUGCCACUGCUCACUGGACAGCCUGGUCAGGAAGCUGCAGGUACCCAGCAACCGCAACCUGGGCAACUACGCCAAGUGUGCAGAACCUUUUUUACUCACGGGCCAGAAGCUGAAGAAGCUGAGCGUGGACUCGUUGUGUGAGGAUGACAAGCAAGUGGACAGGAGGCUGGGGGGCGGAGGGGGGGGGCCACCGCGGCCUCCACCAAACAAAGUGAAGCCAGGGGCCACGUCCAUGUGUCACACGUACAUGUUCCCUAGACCUCUGCUGGACUGCAGCAACAAAGAUUUGAAUCACAUCCCAGCUGACCUGCCAUCUGACAUAGUGAAGAUGGAUAUGUCCAGUAACAGUAUCAAACAUCUCAGGCCCAAACAGUUCCUGCUGUCCAAAGACCUCAAGCUGCUCAACCUUAGCAGCAACAGUCUGCGCCUUGUAGACACAGCUGCAUUUGCAGGCCUGCUGUACCUCCGUGAGCUCGACCUGUCCAACAACAGCCUCCAUUACUUCCAGUACGGUGUACUGGAAGACCUCUACUUCCUACGAAAGCUCUCACUGAGCAACAACCCCUGGAUCUGCGACUACAACAUCCACUACCUGAUCUACUGGCUCAAGCACCACCCUGCCGUCUCUUACACUGGCUUGAUCUGCUCCGAGCCGCAGGAAUUCAGGGGCUGGCGUGUUGAGGAUUAUGUCAAGACCUACAACGGAGAAUGUCCCAAGGACAAGCAAACAGGAGGGAUGGAUACGGGACAGGGAGGACAAGGAGGGUCGGACAAUGAGGCACAGGAGGUGAUGGGAGAGACGGGUGAGGGGCAAGCUGAGCUACUGCCUCAGCCCCUGAGAGAGAGGAAGCCAAAGAGGUUUGAGAUCAUCAGGCUGAGUUAGAUUGGAGGUGGAUCAGUGGACUCAUGUGGUUUAGUAUGGAGGGAAAUUUAAACAAGAUGCCACAAGGUGGUCUGUGGACAGGCUGAAGAAUGGAUUAAUAAAAGCAGACUCAGUGAUUCAAGUUCAAGUAAAAAUGUAAUAGCAGAAGUACAAAUUUCGGAUUAAAUCCAUUAUUUGGGAUUAAAAUGUCAUUUUAAAACAUCUUCCAUGUUUGACCAUCUUUAAACAUUAACAUUUUCUCAAAAGAAUAUUAGUUACAAUUUCAUAUUACUAAGAUUACAUUUAAACGAAGGGUUAUUAAAUGCUGUUUGAGCUUUUGUUUUAUCUUUUUGCAGAACACUCUCAAUCCAGUCUGUAUCAAAUCUAAUAACCCCAACAAACACGUCUCUGAAUUUCCCACACAGUAAACUGCAGAUGCUCUCUUUUUUUUCUCUUGCAGUAAUUUUGAUAUUGAGUUCAGGAUAAACUUUUUUCUUUUAAAAACUUAGUUUUUGGUCUUUUUUUUUGUAUUAAUUAAUGUAUGAUAUUUUC